UCCAAUAAGAAGGACAUGCGACGGAUCGACCUGAUCGUACCUUAUGCUGAGCCGGCGAAGGACAAGUCAGAUGGCGAUAUGUCCAGUACUAUGGCGACGACGUUGCCAAUGGCUGCUAUAUUCACCCGCAACAAGAUGAUCGGAUGGGUCGCCGUUGUGUUUGCGCUCCAGUCGUGGCUAGCGGAAACUGCUGAGCAGAGAAGGACAGCUGCCACCCCAGCCUACUUCUCUGUAGGCAUGAGCUUCAUGUCACUGCUCGUUGGUUACAUGCCUUUGUUUCUUCCCCCAGUUACCCCUCGAGUCGGGACAGGUUCUGGCACAGAGGCGCCACCUGCCGCUCCCCCGUCCUAAUCUUUGGGCGUCUGACGGUAUCCAAAGAAGCUGUACAUGUACACCUGAAACCCCUGGCUUGUGCAAUUCGGUUCAUCAGGGAAGGUUUCAAUCGAGUGUCCACACAACAUUGCAUCUUAAAAUGUAUAUUUACUUCGAACAUCAUACACAUGUGCUUGGGCUA